GUAGUGGGCAACCCAGUGACGCGGGAGUUUGAAGUUGGACGACAUAUUGCCAGCGGGGGUCCUGGUUUGUGCUGGAGAAUCUACAAUGGCACUAAGAAGUCCACCAAACAGGAAGUGGCAGUGUUUGUGUUUGAUAAAAAGAUGGUUGAUAAGUAUCAGAAAUUUGAGAAGGACCAAAUUGUUGAUUCGCUGAAAAAAGGGGUGCAACAGCUGACCAGACUGCGCCACCCACGUCUCCUGACUGUGCAGCAUCCUCUUGAAGAGUCACGAGACUGCUUGGCGUUUUGUACAGAGCCUGUGUUUGCCAGUCUGUCCAACGUGUUGGGCCAGUGGGAGAACCUGCCCAGCCCCAUGCCCAACGACAUUAAGGAGUACAAACUCUACGAUGUGGAGACCAAGUAUGGCUUACUACAGAUCUCGGAGGGUUUGUCCUUUCUCCACAGUGGGGUGAAAAUGGUCCACGGCAACUUGUGUCCAGAGAACAUCAUCCUCAACAAGAGUGGAGCCUGGAAGAUUAUGGGAUUUGACUUCAGCAUCUCCUCUACUAACCCCUCAGAUGCCGAGCUUAAGUACACAUGUAAAGAGUGGGAGCCCAACCUCCCGUCACUCUGCCUCCCCAACCCUGAGUACCUGGCCCCUGAGUACAUCCUGUCAGUCAGCUGUGACUCCGCCUCCGACAUGUACUCGCUGGGCGUGGUCAUGCAUGCCGUCUUCAAUGAGGGCAAGCCUGUUUUCAAAGUCAACAAGCAUGACAUAUUUAAGAGCUUCAGCAGGCAACUGGACCAGCUGAGCAGCAUAAGUCCAGCAGUGUUGAACAAGAUCCCAGAGGAGGUUCGGGAGCAUGUCAAAAUGCUGCUCAGCGUCACACCCAACGUCCGACCAGAUGCAGACCAGAUGACCAAGAUCCCAUUUUUUGAUGACGUGGGUGCUGUGACCCUGCAGUACUUUGACUCCCUCUUCCAGAGGGAUAACCUACAGAAGUCCCAGUUCUACAAAGGCCUCCCUAAAGUCCUGCCCAAACUACCCAAGAGAGUGGUGGUGUAUCGAAUCUUGCCGGCGCUGACCUCUGAGUUUGUCAACCCGGACAUGGUUCCCUUCGUGCUCCCCAACGUGCUGCUGAUCGCAGAGGAGUGCACCAAGGAGGAGUAUAUUCGUCUCAUCAUGCCUGACCUCACGCCUGUUUUCAAGCAGCAAGAGCCCGUUCAGGCUAGUAAUAUGAUCCUGCUGAUAUUCCUGCAGAAGAUGGACCUACUGUUGACCAAGACACCCUCGGAGGACAUUAAGAACAGCGUGCUGCCUAUGGUCUACAGAGCUCUGGAAGCCCCUUCUGUUCAGAUCCAGGAGCUGUGCCUGAACAUCAUCCCAACGUUUGCCAACCUGAUCGACUACCCGUCCAUGAAGAACUCUCUCAUCCCUCGAAUCAAAUCAGCCUGCCUACAGACCUCUUCCCUUGCUGUACGAGUGAACUCUUUGGUGUGUCUAGGGAAAAUUUUGGAGUAUCUCGACAAGUGGUAUGUCAUUGAUGAGAUCCUGCCCUUCCUACAACAGAUCCCCUCCAGAGAACCAGCAGUACUCAUGGGCGUUCUAGGAAUCUAUAAGUGCACCUUCAGCCACAAAAAAUUGGGCAUCCCCAAAGAGCACCUUGCCACCAAGAGUCUGCCCCACCUUGUGUCUCUUAGUAUAGACAACAACCUCAACCUUAACCAGUUUAACUCGUUCAUGGUGGUUAUACGGGACAUGCUGAGUCGCAUGGAGAAUGAACACAAGACCAAGUUGGAGCAGCUGCACAUCAUGCAGGAGCAGCAGAGGAGUAUAAACAUCUCAAACCCAGGGAACCAAUCCGAGCAGACCAAGAGCCCACCUAGCAGUGGCAACCAGAUUGACGAUAUCUUUGGCAGCACAGGGGUGAACGGGAAAGAGAAUGGAUCUGCAGCAACAGCUCCACAGCCUAAUAGAAUGUCUCUGACUCUGGAGGAGAAACAGCGAUUGGCUAAGGAGCAGGAGCAGGCAGCCAAACUGAGGAACCAGCAGCCAUUAGCACCACAGAGUAUCCAACCAGCCAACGCCAAUAACACAAAGACUAAGGAUCUGACAAGCAGCCUGCUCAACAGCAUGACAUCUCUAAACAGCCUGUCCUUGGCCAACACAGCACGACCAGCCCCAGCGCAGGGCACCACCAUCCCCGCCUUCCCCUCCUCCGGCCCCAUGGUGGGCUCCAUGGGUGCCCCGGUCUCCAACGGCUUUAACCCACCCAUGGGCUUUCAAACAGGCGGUAUGGGCAUGGGGAUGGGGAUGGGCAUGCGGCCCUCCGGGCCCCCUCUCUACAGCGGCAUGGCCACCGCCACCAGCACCCCAAACUUUGGAGCCCUCACGCAGAAUCAAGGACCUGUUGGGCAGACAAAUAAAGCCCCCAACUUAUCAGCCUUGGACAGUCUUUUCACACCCAGCCAGUCCAAAGUCACCCUCAACCAAAUGGGUCCAAAGGCUACACCUGGCACCAACACCCCUUGGCUCAAUCAGUUUGGUUCAGCCCAGAACGCUCAGACUCCGAUGCAGGGUGCACCAGUAGGUAUGGGAGGAGUGCCCAGCGGGUUUGGGAUGCAAGCAAACCCUUUUUUCAGCCCGCAGAACUUUUCUCAACCUGCUGCUGCCCCUAGCCUGAACCAAAGUGGAAUUAAACAUAGUUCAUCUGUCAACAAUGACCUGAAAGACUUAUUCGGCUAAACGUAAAAAAAAUAAAUAAAAAGAUGCCAGGUUAAGUAUAUUCCUUUUAAUAUCUUUGGACAGAAGAGCCUUGAAUUCUCACAGAACAAGACACUGAUUGAAUGUGAACAUUUCAAAUCCUUUUAAGGACAUUGCCGUCUGUGUUUUUAAUCUGACCUGGUAUGAAUUCUGACUCUUGCUCACAUUCAGCCGGAAAAUUAACCUGCAUCUGAAUAUUCGUUUCUACUUGACCAGAAGGUUGGGUGGGAACUACUUCUUCUAUGCUGUGUUCUUUCAAUGCUGGGGGGUUUCCUACUAUUUUGUACUUGACAUUCUUGGGAGUCUAAAUGUUGUGGGUUGAUAUUAAUCCCAACUUGGUUUAUUUCGGUAAGGUUUUGAGUUCAUUUCAUGAGUGAUUGAGUGGAUUUCACUUCCUGAACAAGUUGCAUCAGAAUUACCUCUUAAAAAUUGGCGGUAAAAGAAGGAAAAAAGUAGCUUCACAUCUGCUUCGUUUUAGGCUUCUGUAUCUUUAUUGCUUCUCCAGACUAUUUUAGAAUUUGCUGCAUGUCUAAAGCGAUCAGAGAGUUGGCUUAAAUACAAAAACCGCAUACACCAAAACGUCUAAGGCCAGUGGGAGGUAGCUUGAUGUGUAGCACUGACAAGUCUGCAGUCACUGAUCUGCAUCCAGGAGGCUCCUCCGUGGAGAUCUGAAAGGGUGUGUAAAAACCUAACAUUCGCGGUUCAGACGGAGAAAACCAAGUAGCCCCACUGCAGUCUGUCUCCAUGGUAACUGUUUCACUGCAGCACCACAAACCUGAUUCUGUCUGUUUUUUUUUUUUUAACCCUUUGGACUCAUUCUUUUAUCAUCAGGUUCCAAGGCUGCAAAGCUUGCUUUUUUCCGUUGCCUAAUUUGACAUCUAAGCGAGCAUGUUGAAAAGGGAAGGGUUAGUUUUGUCUGGUCAAAGUUUGUUGAGGACCAUUUCACCUCCUUUGGUAACAAAAAAAAAAAAAAAAAAAUCAUAUCAAUUUCUGUAAAUUCAGUAUGAAUGAUUUAUCUGUGUCUUACAGUGGAAUAGGAUGUGUGGAGAAGCUAUUACAGCAGUGUCCUUUUUAACAAGAUGCUAAUGCUAAAAGGCGAUGAUCAAGGACCAUAUGCACUGCUUAGGCUAUUACGACGCCUUACACGUGUACACAUGUAGGACCGGCACUCAUCGGUUACUCAAGUAUUAAUUUUUUCCUUUUUUAAAAUCAGCUGUCUGGCAUUUGCUUCUCUAAUUACUUGCUUUGUUGCAUGUUACUGAACUUGACCACAACAGAUCUAAAGUUAGAUUUUUAGCAUCUUUUCUACUAAUGAUUCCUAAUGAUUCCAGUGACUUUUUUUUUUCUCACACAUUCAGCUCCGAUGAAGUUUUUAAGGGUCUCAAUCGCAAUUCUGCAGUGCACCAUUUCUGUUGACCAAUUUGUACAAUGGAGAUUAUCACUAUAUAUUUUGAUUUCACCACUUUUCAGCUGUCUGAGGAGCUGUGCUGGUGACAUAUUGUUAUGAAGUGUAAAUAUAUAGUUAUUUAAAGAAGGAUUGCUCUGUAAGGGCAUUGGCAUUUUUAUGUCCUUCUGAUAAUGGUUAAGAGGCCUUAGAUGAGUUGUGUGCAAUAAUCCUUAUUGGUUGUUAAGGGUGCUUAUCGAUUGGCUCAAGCAGCCGUUGAUGUGUCCUUACCUUCAUCUCCACCGACCUACAAUAAUUAUGUAGGUGUGUCAGAUUUUCUGAACAGCUGCACAUUAAUGUGUCCUCAUUCUAAAUAUUACAGUUUUGAAGAGAAUUACACCACGUUAGGGUUUUUAGAUGCACCUUGGACACACUGUUUCUGCUGACAAUGAUUGUUGUUAUGCUGAAGUGUAAUGUCGGUUAUCAGAUAACUUUAGUUUUUGUGUAAUAAUGCCAACUUUACAGGGUGAGCUCUCUCCAGCCGCAUGGCAGUUGUUACUUGCUUGUGAAUUUGACUUUGCGCAAUUCCCCAUAUUUGUCCCAUAAGACUACAAAUGUUUGUGAUUGGAGCUUUGUCACGUGUAGAUCGGCAAUUUUAAUUUAAUCACAAAGUGGAUGUGACCUGUCAAGCGUCUGUCUCAUCUCCUGGCAGAACCUCAAAGCAGAAAAUUAAAGCUUAUUCUUCUACAAGAUUGUUUGUAUACCACUGCUUUCAAUAUAUGUGUAGUGUGUGGUCCUUGUUUUAUGUGUUGAGGUGCUGGUCUCUGAGGUGUUCAAUGAUAAAUCUGUACAUAUAAAGCAAAGUACACAAUCUAAUACUCUCAAAGGGUGGUCGGUUUUUUGUGUUGGCUUUAAAACACCACAUCAGACUGGAUUGUAUGUAACUUUAAUAAAAUAAAAAGACAGUGCUCCAA